AUGUCCCGUUCCGGUACAAGCCUGAACAUUGCCCAGCAGUUGCGAAAGACCACUCAGCUGGCUGCGCUCGAAGAUGGUCUUAGAGGACUUGACAAGAAGCAGCCCGGAAAUAGCUAUACCUCAAAGGUCAAAAUCGGCCAGAAGUACAACAUCAUAGGUUUCAUCAGCAGCGGCACCUACGGUCGAGUGUACAAGGCCGUGGAGAAGAACCCGAAGGGUGAUCCCUCGAGUCCCGUAGGGACGUCACCGCCGAAAGAGCUCUAUGCGAUCAAGAAGUUCAAACCAGAGAAAGAGGGCGACAAUGUGCAGUACACCGGGCUGUCCCAAUCGGCCAUCCGUGAGAUGUCACUGUGCACUGAACUGACGCACCCGAAUCUGGUACAUCUGGCAGAAAUUAUACUGGAAGAUAAAUGUGUCUUUAUGGUCUUCGAAUACUGCGAGCAUGAUCUAUUGCAAAUCAUCCAUCACCACACGCAACCAACUAGGCGAGCGAUUCCUGCUACGAUGAUUAAGUCGAUCCUAUUCCAACUUCUCAAUGGCCUGUUCUACCUCCAUCAGAACUGGGUCAUCCAUCGUGACUUGAAACCAGCAAAUAUCAUGGUAACCAGCUCAGGCCAUGUGCGAAUCGGAGAUCUUGGUCUUGCUCGACUGUUCCACAAACCCCUGUCGUCACUGUACUCUGGUGACAAGGUUGUGGUGACUAUCUGGUACCGAAGCCCUGAUCUGCUCUUAGGCGCACGACACUACACUCCGUCCAUAGAUCUGUGGGCUGUGGGCUGCAUUUUUGCCGAAUUGCUCAGCCUGCGGCCAAUUUUCAAAGGUGAAGAAACUAAGAUGGACAGCAAGAAGACCGUGCCCUUUCAAAGAAAUCAGAUGGGCAAGAUUGUAGAGAUUCUGGGUAUGCCUCGCCGUGAGAACUGGAAAGGUUUGGUCGACAUGCCGGAAUACCCGCAAUUGCAGUCGCUGAUUGUCUCGCGUGGCGGCAUCCCCGGGGGUCUUUACCCGAGUUCCAACAGCAUGAAUCGUGGACUCGGUAACAAUGGCAGUGGUCUCGAAGCUUGGUACAACAACUGUCUGAAACAUGCCAGCUACCCUUCAGACAAGUCCCCAGGUCAGCGCGGCUUUCAACUCCUGUCUGAGUUGUUUGAGUACGAUCCGGAGCAACGGUUGACGGCUGAACAAGCUCUGCAUCACGAAUACUUCAGGAAUGCUGACGAAGGACUUCAUCACGGCAAGAUAUGGGUGAGCAACAAUUGUUUCGAGGGACUUAACGAGGUAUAUCCACACCGGAGAGUGAGCACAGAGACCAACGAUAUUGGCACAGGCAGUCUGCCUGGCACAAAAAGAGGAGGGUUACCGGACGAUUCGCUUCUUCCAGCUGCGAAGAGGAGGUAG